UCACAUUUCACCGCCUCCCUUUUAAUAUGAGACAUCUCUCUCUCAAAUCGCAACAAUAACUACCGCUGAAACCACCAGUUGCCACCAUCUUCCAUCGAUCUUGCUGCUAGGGCUCAACGAUUGCUAGAUGACUGGAUUUCAACUCUAUUAAGGCUUAGGGUUCAAUUUGGGCUUCGCAUCAUUUAAGGGUGUAUGUCAUUCGAUCUUUACAGGUUCGAUUACAAUGUCUCAGUUAGAAUGUGAAGUGGUUUUGUCACACGGAACAUUCGAUUUGGUGUCAAGCAGUUUUGAUGGCGACAACCGAUGCGAGUGAAACUACAAGACACCAGUGAGAAAGAUGACAGGUCGUAAGAAAAGCAAAGCUGCGACGAAUGUGAAAAAGACGGGAUCUUCGAUGGCUAAGAAGGCAAGGAAGGUGGUUGAGGAACUUGUGAUAGAAACAACCGCUGGAGCUGAACCAGUAGUUACAAAAAAGAGUGCACUGAUUAUUGAAGAAGAGAUGAUUACUCCUAUCAGAACUCCUACAUCUCAACAAACGCCUACACCACCUAUACCACCACCAAUCUCACCACAACCACAAGCACAACAACGUCAGCAACCUGAACAAACUGGUCCUUCAUCUGUUACUUCCAGCAGAGAUUUUAUGUUUGAUGGUCAACCGUUCCCUAAUAUUGAAACAAAUGGUAAGAUAAAGUUUCUGAAGGUGACAAAAGAUUUGGAAGAAGACAAGAAACUCAAAAGAUCAUUUUUGAAAGAUAGAUUGCCGAAGGCACAUUUGCAGUUGUAUUUGAUGAGAUUGUAUUGGAAGACGCAGGGACGAGAAGCUGAAUUUUUUAAAAUAGUUGAAGCUAGAGCUGCUGAAAGAGCAAGAAAAGCUGUUGAGUCAGAACCAGCGGUUGUUAUUAUUGACAAAGGCAAGAAAACUGUUGAUGCUAUGCCUGAGAUCGUGCUAGAACCUGUUAAAGAAAAAUCUCCUGAAAGAGUGAUAGAGAAAGAUCCGGAGCCGAUUGAUAUUACAAAAUUCAUUCUUGUACCUGAUGUUGAACAAGAAGACGAUGAUGAAGAGAAAGAGGAUAAUACUGAAAGUUCAGAUCAUGAUGAUGAUGAUGAUGAUGAUUAGGGUGAUGAUAAUACUUUGGGGUGCGGACCAUACACAUCAAUAAUACUAUAGCGUACGUUAACUAUGUGCGUAUCCAUCGAUUAGCUUGACCCAACACUAAAGACGAUGGUGUGAUUAGUUAAAAAGAUAUAUGUAGCGAAUUCAUCAAGUUGUGAGUUCUUAAAAAACAUAGUUUAAACAAACCAUGUUUUUGAAAUCA